AUGCCUCGUGAUAGCCCGAUCAGUGUUCGAUUCAUCGAUCUCUACUCACAUCUAGAGCACCGAAUCGAUAUCGCUCCCAACACCGGUUUCCCUCAAUUUUUGUGUCUCCUGACCGAAGUCUCCGGCCAAGUCGCUCAGCACAUCCAAGGUGUUGCCCGCCCACCGAUCCCAAAUCAGGGUUUCACCACUUCUGACGGUCCAUGGUGGUAUCGUAUCGUCAGAUCUGACGGAAGUCACAAGCCUGCGGGUAGGGAUGACGACGGUGAAGUGGUGUGGCGUAUCUUGAACAGCGCAGCUGCCUUUGAUUUCCUGCUCGGUGACAUGACCAUGGGCGUCGACACUGCGGGAGGUUGGGUUGAGGUCGAGCAUAACCAGCAGAAGACUCGCGACGAAGGAGAACUUAUAGAAGUCAAUCUGAACCAGGCACUGGAACGCGUCAAAGAUACCAUCCGUUCAGGCUACGAUUCAAGAGUCACCAGUAUGGAGUUUCAAGAUAAUGGAGAACCUCGACUUGGACCACAAGUGCCUCGUCAACCCAACAUGGGAGGUGGCGCACAGGUCCCGAUGCGGUUGUUGACUCGUGAAUUCAAUCUGCCUGUUGGUCGCCAUCUCUACCCACAAACACAUAGCGCACCUCACACUCCUUACGGUCUCCCAGACCUCAUGACUGAUCCCGACCUUCGGGGACCACCCACUGGUGUUUCUCUUCCUACCGAAGGAGUGAGUUCCACAUUCGUCGGCUCGUCCAGCAACACCAAUCACGCUCUCGUCACGGCCCCUGGUCAGCCCACCGUCUCCCCCUUUCCUGCAUCUUCGCCUGUCUUGCCAGGUUCUGAUUCCCUCCUCGGGGCUACGGCUCAUUAUGAGUCGAGAGAAACCCGCAUGCACCUCCCGCCUGUGGUGGACAGCUCCGUUAUUCGCGAGGCUGAUGUUUUGGAGAGCUUUCCGCCUUUGGAGAUGAUCCCUGCUUCGACCAUGCCCACCUCGACUGUGCACCAAGUCACGCCGGGUCUCUCCCAGUACCAGCCAGUCUCAUACCCCUACGGACCUCAUAGCACUCUUGCAACAUUCAAUCCAUUGCCACCACAUGAUGUGGCACCUUUCCAAUACAAUUCGGGUCAUUACUCCAAUCGUGACCAAGGACCACCCCCAGGAUUGUUUGGCCCUCCGCGAAGCAGAGGUCGUGGUUAUGUGAAUGAUUACUCCUACCCAAAGAACAAUAAUGGUCUACGUGAUGCUCAAAGCUAUAGCAACGGCUAUCAGUUUGGACAGCGUGAUGCUUCCAAUGAUCGCCUCUAUCACAAACACAACUUUGGUCAACGCAAUGAUCAGGGCCACGUCAGCGGAAAUCGCAAUGGAGGUCGCCGCAAAAGCUCGGCUGAUUUUGCUAAUCGAGCCUUUCGUGGAGAUGGAAGUCGCAGUGAGAAUCAGAUGUACCGAGGUCAGACUGGUCGGUCGCGCAACCGCGCCGGUCCUGGUUUCAAUAUGAUGGAGGAUCAUCAAGCUCAGACGCGGGAGUUUUUGCCUUACUCGGACUCGGCAAUUCCUCCUCAAUCAAAUGCACAAUAUCAUCCUAUGUUUGAACCACACAUGCAGUCUGGGGGAUAUCCGGGUAUGAUGGGUCCAGUUCAAGCCCACCCUCCGACCUAUGGAUAUGGCGUGCAACCUCAAUACCCUCGUGCCGAGCGAGAUUGGACCACAGUCUCUGGAGUCAACACUGACCUGAUGACCGAGUCCGAGAUCGCUGCACUGAAUCGACAAGGUGUGGAGCAAGCCAACGUUCAGAACACGGUGCCUCAGGUAAUUGUGGAGAAACCUCAAACCAGUGCUGCCGUCCCAGCGCCGGUCCCAGAGCUUCCCAAGACCGCCACCAGGGCCCCGGCCUCUGUCGUCGCCAGAAAGAAGAAGAAUAAAGAGCCCCUUCAAGUUCGUGAUGUGCAAACCGCAUUGGACGUUACCGUGACCGAUCCAGAUCUCGCCAAGUCGAUCAAGAACGGAAGCAAGCCACCACCAGUGACAAAGUUCCCUGGCAAGUUGACCUUUGGCAAAGCACCACACGUGAUGCCCAUAAACCUCAGAGAGUCCAUGGAGAAGCGCAUCUCGGCUGCUGCCACGAAGCGUCAUGCUACCCGUCGCGCCAACGAGACGAAAGCCAAGGUGCAGGCCGAGCAGAACCAAGUUGCAAAGCAAGAGCUCCGUGUCAAGCAGAAUAACAACCGCGCAGCUCGCGCACAGCGUCGUGAGAGCAGGGUCUUUGGAAAAGAUGAUGCCUGA